AUGUCUCUACCAGCUACUUUUGACUUGACCACGGAGGAUGCGCAGUUAUUAUUGGCUGCUAACACUCACCUAGGUGCUAGAAACGUUCAAGUGCACCAAGAACCAUACGUCUUCAAGACCAGACCAGAUGGUGUUAACGUCGUUGACGUCGGUAAAACUUGGGAAAAAUUGGUUUUGGCCGCUAGAAUCAUCGCUGCUAUUCCAAACCCAGAAGAUAUCGUUGCCAUCUCUUCCAGAACUUUCGGUCAAAGAGCUGUUUUGAAAUUCUCUGCUCACACUGGUGCUACUCCAAUUGCUGGUAGAUUCACCCCAGGUUCUUUCACUAACUACAUCACCCGUUCUUUCAAGGAACCAAGAUUGAUUAUCGUCACCGAUCCAAGAUCUGAUGCUCAAGCUAUCAAGGAAGCUUCCUACGUUAACAUCCCAGUCAUUGCUUUGACCGAUUUGGACUCUCCAUCUGAAUACGUGGAUGUUGCUAUCCCAUGUAACAACAGAGGUAAGCACUCUAUCGGUUUGAUCUGGUACUUGUUGGCUAGAGAAGUUUUGAGACUAAGAGGUGCCUUGGUCGACAGAACUCAACCAUGGUCCGUCAUGCCAGACUUGUACUUCUACAGAAACCCUGAAGAAAUUGAACAACAAGUCGCUGAAGAAACCGCUGGUGCCGCUACUGAAGAAGAAGAAGCUAAGGAAGAAGUCACUGAAGAGCAAACUGAGGCUACCGAAUGGGCUGAAGAAACUACCGAAGCUGUUGCAUGGUAA